GGGAGGCAGCGGAGGAACCGCAGAGAGCUCCGGGCAUCCCGCACUGAGAGACCCGUGGUGCGCUUCGCUCCCGGGUGAAAGCUGGGGUUGAGCUCCUGUGCGUGGCUGUGGGGAGGCGGAAAACUCCGUCGGGAGUGGGCGGUCGCAGAGCGGGACCCCAGCAGAGGUUCGGCGGAGUUGGGCUGAAGUCCGCGACAAGGCAACGUCCGAGGUUCUUUGGAGUCGGGCUGCAUCUUGGAACAGAGCUUCUAAGAACCGUUUCGUCGGAGUUGGGGCUGAAGUCGGCAGCAGAAUCCCGUUGGACGUUCCUCGGUGCGGGGCUGAAGUCGGCGACAAAACCCCACAGGAGGAGAUUUCCCGGUGUUGAGCAGAAGCGAAACACCGUCGGAGCUCCGCUGGAAUUUGGCUGAAGUCAGCGACAGAACCCUAUCAGAGGUAGCCGGAGUUGGACUGAAACAGAACUCCAUCGGAGUUUCCCCGGAAUUGGGCUGAAUCCUGGAGCGGAGUCCCCAGGAACGGUUCCAUCGGAGGUUUUCCCCGGAGUUGGGUUGAAGCAAAACCCCGCUGGAGGUUUCCCGGAGUUGACUUGAAGAGAGCAACAAAACUCCGUCAGAGGAUCCCCGGAGCUGGACUGAAGUCGGUGACAAAGACCCGCUGGAGGUACUCGGAGUUGAGUUGAAGCAGAACCCCAUCGGAAAUUCCCAGGAGCCGGGGCUGAAGCCGUUGGCAAAACCCCAUUGGAAGUUCUCUGGAUUUUGGCUGCAUCCCGGAGCCGAGCCCCUGAGCACUGUCCUGUCAGAAGCGCAGUGAAGCCCUCAUCGGAGCCUGAAAGGACAAGGGGGGGGGGGGGAACCCAAAGAUUUCCACCUCGGACAGCCCGACCUCACCCCAUUGCGGAGCCUCGGCGGAGGUUCCCUGCUCCCAGCCCCGCUGCAAGCGGCGGGGAACCUUUUCCCCUCCAUGGACUGAGAUGGCCUCGGAGUUGGCCAUGACCGCGGAGCUGCCCACCAGCCCCCUCGCCAUCGAAUACGUCAACGAUUUUGACCUGAUGAAGUUUGAGGUGAAGAAAGAGCCGGCGGAGGCCGAGAGGCUGUGCCACCGUUUGCCUGCUGGUUCUCUUUCUUCCACCCCUCUCAGCACCCCGUGCUCCUCCGUGCCUUCCUCGCCCAGUUUUUGCGCUCCCAGCCCCGGUGGGCAACCGAGUGCUGGUCCCACCGCCGCUCCCCUGGGCUCCAAACCGCAGCUGGAGGAGCUGUAUUGGAUGUCGGGCUACCAACACCACCUCAACCCCGAAGCGCUCAACUUGACCCCGGAGGAUGCUGUGGAGGCUUUGAUCGGCGCUCCGCACCACCAUCAUCAUCACCAUCAGAGCUAUGAGUCGUUCCGGCCUCAGCCCUUCGGGGGUGAGGAGCUGCCCCCGGCAGCCCACCACCACAACGCCCACCACCACCAUCACCACCACCACCUGCGCUUGGAGGAGAGGUUUUCCGACGACCAGUUGGUGAGUAUGUCGGUGCGGGAGCUCAACCGGCAGCUGCGGGGAUUCAGCAAGGAGGAGGUGAUUCGCCUCAAGCAGAAGAGGAGGACCUUGAAGAACCGCGGCUACGCGCAGUCCUGUCGCUACAAGCGGGUCCAGCAGAGGCACAUCCUGGAGAACGAGAAGUGUCAGCUCCAGAGCCAAGUGGAACAACUCAAGCAAGAAGUUUCCCGUUUGGCCAAGGAGCGGGAUCUGUACAAAGAGAAGUACGAGAAGUUGGCGGCGCGGGGCUUCCCCCGGGAGCCAUCACCUCCCGCAGCCCCAAAAACUACCGCCGCUGACUUCUUCAUGUGAGCCCGGGGUGGGGUGAAGCGGGGGGGUAACAUUGCAAUGCCCCUAUAUUCCUUCUUCCCCCCCCUCCCCCCGAUGUGGGGAGAGCAAACGAUCUGCUUGUAUAAAAAUAUAUAUAUAUAUUAUUUUCUUCUGAAAAGUUGUUCCGAAAAUGCGGGGAAAAUGGGACCCCCCCCCCAGCCCCAUCAGGACUUAGACUGGAAAGGGAGAGGAGGGGGGGGUCCUGGGGAGGGGGACGCAUCCCACAGACCUCCCUGUGUGGGGAGAGGGGGACAUGUCCUAUAGACCCCGUAUCCAGGGAGAGCAAACAAUCUGCUACUGUAUUGUAAUAAAUAUUUUCUUCAAAACAAAUGGGGAAAUGGGACCCCCCCUCCCCAACCCCAUCAGGACUCGAGCUGGAAAGGGGGAGGUCCAGGGGAGGGGGAUCAUCCUAUAGACCCCUUAUAUGGGAAGAGGAAACAAUCUGCUUGUAUGAAAACAACAAAAAAAAAAAACCAAGUAUUUUCUUCCGAAAAUACGGGGGAAUGGGAUCCCAACCACCCCCCCACCCCCCCCAUAAGGACUUGGACUGAAUCAAAGAGGGGUCCUGGGAGGGGAGGGGGCGGAAAGGCAGCGGACGUGGAGCCAGCCUGCAUGCGGGACGUGUACGGCGUGCCGCCCCCGGAGCUCUAUCGCCCUCCGCCCUGCGUGUUUAACCCCCUCCUUUAAUGACCAUUAAUUAUUAUAAUGAAUUAAUUUCGGGGUGUCCCCGUGCAUUGCCCUGGGAGGGGGUUGGAGGGGAGGUCUGGCAGCGCUGUGCCCUGCCCGGCCCUCCACCACCUGCACCCCAACCUGAGCCACUCUUUAACUUAUUCACCCUCCUCCCCCCCCUCCCUUGUACAUAUGUAGAAAUUAGUUUAGUUUUUAGGGUUUUUUUUUUUUUCUGCUUUUUUGUUUGUUUGUUUGUUUGUUUUCUU